ACCAUGGCCGCGAAGCGUCCGCACGCGGCUUUUGAGGCCGACCAGCUCGGACAAGCCAAACAGGCUCCCUAUGCCUUCUACGGAACGCCCUUACCCUCGCUGGAGGCCGGCGGACGGGACGAUGGCUCGUACAUGCCAGUCUGGAAGCAAGAGGUGACGGAUGAGCGGGGGCGGAAGCGGCUUCAUGGCGCCUUCACUGGUGGCUUCAGCGCUGGCUACUUCAAUACCGUCGGCUCCAAGGAAGGAUGGACUCCCGCGACCUUUGUCUCGUCCCGCCAGAACCGCGUGCGCGAUGCGAAACAGACCACACAGCAACGACCGGAGGACUUUAUGGACGAAGAAGACCUGCGGGAGCAGGAGGAGUCGCGAAAAUUACAAACGACAGAAGGUUUUGCUGGGUUCGGGUUGACUGAUGUUGAUGCGACGCGGAGAGCGGGCCUCAUGGACCUGCUCAAGACUGGUGGAGAGACCAUGGGAGUGAAGCUGCUGAAACGGAUGGGUUGGCGUGAGGGCCAGGGUAUUGGUCCCAAGGUUCGGCGUGGAGCCAAUUUGGAUGAGGGAACAGCUGCCAAAGGUGAUGGCGUCGAGCAGACAUAUCUGUUCGCGCCCGAGAAUCCUCCAAUGGUCUCUUUCAUACGCAAAACAGACUUCAAAGGCCUGGGGUUCGAGGGCGAGACCCGUCUGGUGACGCCAGACCUGGCCGGUGAUGAACAACACGAGGACUCGGAUUCCUUCUUUGGGGAUCGCCUGGCUAUGGACAAGAAAUCCAAGUCGAAGGUGAAAGGAAAGGAUUCGCGCCGUGGUGGAUUUGGGGUCGGCAUUCUCAACGACACAGGAUCGGAUGAUGAAGACCCGUAUUCGCUUGGGCCGCAGAUAGCCUACAACAAAACCAUUGGCGGCGACAAGAAAAAGAAGAAAAAGGGCCAGGCUGAUGGAGCCAAGCCAACGAUCGCGUCUGCCAACCCUUUACUAGACACCAAACCUGUCUUCAUCUCGAAAAAGGUCGCCGCAGCCCGCACGACGGGAGGCUUCAGGAAAUGCCGUGAUGGACGAUUGCCGCUGGACGGAUUCGUUCUGGCCGAUAGCUUGUCGGGCCUAUCGAUAUCAGACAAGAAGUACGAGCCUCCUCAAAUCCCGGAGGGGUGGAAGUCUACCAAACAACCUACGAAGGCUGAGCGAGACGCAUCCACCUACGUCUCGACGGCGGAUGCUGCCAAAGCAUCCUCACUAGAUCCUACAAAACGAGCGGCAGCUCUGGGAGAAGCCCAGCUGCCUGGGAAAUCAAUCUUUGAUUGGAUGACACCCGAAGCCCGUGAGCGCAUUGCGAAGCUUACGGGGAAUACCAACCUACCUCCAGCUCUAGGUGAAAAGGCUCCAAAGGGCUUUGAGACCACAGGUGCUCAAAAACGGAAAGAUUUGUGGGAUCUCGUCCCCAAAUUGGACAAGCAGAUUGCAGUCCAGGCCUUGACUCGCGCCGUCAGCGGGUGGAUGCCCUAUUCGGAAGACGAGAACAAGCGAGCCCGCUACAGGAAGUUCCUCGAGGUGCGAGCCGAAGUACGCGACUCUCUUCCAGACCGCGUCCCUGGUUCCAGUACCGACGAAUGGGUGACUGAGAUGCAAGAGUUUGCGCGGGCCGCCGAAGUCUUCAAGCCUAUGAGCGGGAUCAUGGCGUCGCGAUUCACCUCAGCUUCCUCAGGCCCCAAGGUUGCUAGCGAUGCGCCCGAUCGUCUAGACGAUUCUCCUCUUAGUCGGCCCACUGAGAAACCAGACACACCGGCUGUGGCGGCUGCAAAGAUUGGCAUGUUUGGGCAAAUGACCCGCAGUUCCAUCUCUUUCUACCCUUCUCGUUUGCUCUGCAAGCGCUUCAAUGUCAAACCCCCCGGUCAUGUACAGCUUGAUCCUGGAGAACACCCUGGGGGCCCGGAGAGUGGACCUGGAACCCGCUUCCAAUCGGGCGGUUACCAGACCGACGCUACUACACGCAAGGAGCUCGUCUCACAGGAGGUGAUGAACAUGAUCUUGAUGGAAUCUGGCCGUCAGCCACAGCCUCCAGUCGCUAGUCCUGGCGCUGGUGGAUCCAGCUUACAGCCUGCCGUGGAGGCACCGCCCGUCCGAGUCGUUGAACCAGAACGCAAUCAAGCUCUCGAGGCUGAGCGACCGGGCGAUGCUGUGUUCAAGGCCAUCUUUGGCAGCGACGACGAAGACGAAGAUGAAGAAGAAUAG